AUUUAGUUUCGUUUCAGCAGUCGAAGCUUGCUACAAGUUUAUUAUAGACAAUUAUGUGGAAGAAGGUUACUAUAGUGUUGCUAAUCGCGUGCAUUUUAUUGCAGGUGACAGCAUCGCCCAGAAGAUCGCGGCAUAGUGAUGAAAGCUCCAACUCGUCAUCAUCAUCAGUAUCUUCAGCAUCGUCAGAAUCGUCAGCAUCCUCAGAAGAGUCGUACAGGCACAAGCGAUCCGCAGGUGAGGACAGUUCAUCCGCAUCGUCAGAAUCAUCUGAAUCAUCAGCUUCCUCAGAAGAGUCCCAUAGACACAAGCGAUCCGCAGGUGAUGACAGUUCAUCAACAUCGUCUGAAUCAUCUGAAUCAUCAGCUUCCUCCGAAGAGUCCCACAGGCACAAGCGAUCCACAGGUGAUGACAGUUCAUCAGCUUCAUCAGCUUCAUCAGCAUCGUCAGCAUCCUCCGAGGAGUCCCACAGACACAAGCGAUCCUCAAACAAUAACAGCAGCUCCAGCUCUAGCUCUAGCUCCAGCUCUAGUUCUAGUGAAUCUGUUGAAGAUCACAAAGCGGAUUUUGAAAAAUUGUUCAACGAAUUUGCGAAUAAAUACUACGAUUUCGUGAAAAACAUAAAUGACAAACGAAAGUCGGUGGCCAAGAAGUUUAGUGAAAACAAAUUAAUUUCAAGAGUUAAAGUUGGUGCUGUAGACGAACUUAAAGAGAAACUAUCACAAACUAUUGGCAAUGACGCUGCAUUUAUAAAUAUUAAGAACUCAGAGGAUGCAGAUUUGAUUUCGCGUUAUUUCAAAAAUAGCAUUGUAGCGAUCACCGAACUGAUCGAGUUGAUAGUGAAAUAUAAUUAUGAUAAUUUGAAAGAACCCAGUGCUGAAGAGGUGCUUAUACAGGAUGUGCUCGAGCGCUCCGAUGCUUAUAAAUUGCUCGAAGAAAUACAUAAACGUUUUGAAGAUUUCUACAAAUCGUUUGGCAAAAAGGUACGCGAUUAUGUGAAACAUUUAACAAAGGCGCAGAAAAGUAAUGAAACUAAAAUCGUCAAUUGGUAUGAUGACUUCAAGGCCGCAGAUGGUUUCGGAAACAAAGUUAUCAAACUGUCCGACUUCUUCUCAAUCAACGUACCGAAUUAGUGAAAUAUUAAUUACGUAUAUAGAAAUAAAUUGUAAAUAAAUUGAAUUCAAGAAUUUAUUGAAAUGGCAAA